AUGCCACCGGUCAGAUCCCUCGGCUCGUCACGAUCCAAGAAGCCGCCAGCCGGGUUCGACGACAUCCGUGACGACCUCGAGAUCUUCAACAUCAAGAUGAAGGACGCGCAGAACUUGCCUACAAGCAACAUCCCGAAGCACCAGGCGCAAUGGCCCAUUUUCCAGAUCUCCCAUCAGCGAAGCCGAUAUAUCUACGAGCUCUACUACGAGAAGGAGGCUAUCAGCAAGCAGCUGUACGACUGGCUGCUCAAGAACGGAUACGCCGACGCUAUGCUGAUUGCUAAGUGGAAGAAGCAGGGAUACGAGAAGCUAUGCUGUCUUCGCUGUAUCCAGACCAAGGAGACCAACUUCCAGUCGACGUGCGUCUGCCGAGUACCCAAAGCCCAGUUGAAGGACGAACAGGACGUCCAAUGUGUUAGUUGCGGCUGCAGGGGUUGUGCUUCGAGCGAUUAA